ACCUCUCUGUGCACACAUAGAAGCCACAAUGUUUACAUUUACAUUUACAUUCUUAGUGACCUGUAUAUAAAUAUUAGCUGAUUCAGGAAUGUCAUAGCUUAAUAUCAGCCUGCACAAAAAGAGACACAAAAAUGCCUAAGAACAGGAAACUUGCUGUUGAGUUUCUGAAUAAGGCAUUAGUUGAGAGUGCCGGGAUACCCCCAGAAGAUCUGAUCUUUUCCUAUAGGGGAGUGUCGUAUCCUGCUGCAGUUUGUAACCCAGACACUUUCCAAGCUCUUGAAUCCUUUGAAGCCAGGAUGGAUGAUAUAGUCUUGGCAGGAUAUCCCAAAACUGGCACUAACUGGCUUGAUCACAUCCUAAACAACAUGGAAUGUACAGCUGCAAAAUAUACAGAAGAAGAAAUGAAAAAGUUAAUGGAUUUUGAAAAGGAAUUGGAAGUAACUCCACGCCUUGAGUUUGGAGAUCCAGAUAAAUUCGAGAGGAUGAAGAAACUACCUUCUAGAAGAAUCAUCAUUACUCAUCUGUCUCCUCAUUCACUACCUUCAUCUAUUUUUAAAAAUAAAGCCAAGAUACUGGUUCUGAUUCGAAACCCCAAAGACACGCUGGUAUCCUAUUAUCAUUUUAAAAACACAGUGGGUUUUUUUCCUCCUUCAACAUGGGAUGACCAUUUUACCAGUUUUAUGGAUGGGAAAGUGGCCUGGGGCUCCUACUUUGACUAUGUAGCAGAAUGGGACAAAUAUAUUGAUGAGGAAAACAUUAUUGCCAUCAGUUAUGAAGAACUACAGGAGAAUCUGAAUGUGGGAUUGAAAAAAAUAGCUCAGUUCCUUGGAUUUUUUCUGAAUGAAGAAGAGGUUCAAAAUAUAGUGGACAAGAGUACCUUCACAGCUAUGAAACAGAAAGCCUCAGAAACUCAUGGAUCAUUUGGAAACAUCUUCUUCCGUAAAGGAACUGUUGGCGACUGGAAAAGCAUGCUCUCAGAAUCCCAGAACAAAGAAAUGGACAGAAAGUUUGAAGAAUGUUUAUCCAGAACUAAACUAGGAGCCAAGAUAAAAUAUGAUCUUUACUGUAAGGUCUGAGGAAACAGGCAGCCCUUUUGAAACAGUCCAUACAAUUUGCUGUGUUUCUGUAUGCACAUAAUGCACCAUACAUGUCAUUUACUUUUGUAAAUAGUAUCAUUUUAGCUCAACAAACAA